AUGAGUGACAAGUACGCUUCACUGCAGCGGGCCCAGCUACACCUGGAUUUCAUCCAUGCCAACUCAACGGUAGAACAUUUGCCUGCAAGUGUAUUGGACCUUUUAAAUGGAUUAAAGAACUGGUGUAAUCUUUUGUUUUCCUUUGAUUUCUUCAUCAGCACCACUCACAGUUUCCUUUUUGGAGCAUUGGCUGAAUUGCUUGACAAUGCAAGGAGUUUACAUAGUUUUUCUGCUGAAAGCAAAUUACACCCAGGAAGUAGAAUGAAGUUGUUAGAUAAGAGAUCUCAACAGAAAAACCUAGAUUCCCUGCCACUUGUUGUAGGUAAUGAAAAACUGCAGGGUGGAUUCAUGUUGUGCUUCCUGGAUGAUGGAUGUGGCAUGAGUCCUGAGGAAGCUUCAGACAUUAUUUAUUUUGGAACAUCCAAAAAACGGUUAUCAAACUUCAAGUUCAUUGGACAGUAUGGCAAUGGUCUUAAAAGUGGAUCUAUGAGAAUUGGAAAAGACUUUAUUCUUUUUACAAAGAAGGAAGAAACAAUGACCUGUGUGUUUUUGUCUCAGACAUUCUGUGAACAAGAAGGUCUUAGUGAGGUUGUGGUUCCAAUUCCUUCAUGGUUAACAAGAAGCAGAGAAUAUGUCACCAAUGAUCCCAUAAAAUUCUCAACAGAAUUAGCUAUAAUUUAUAAAUACUCCCCAUUUAAAACUGAAGCUGAAUUGAUGCAGCAGUUUGAUAUGAUAUAUGGAAAAUGUGGUACAUUGCUGGUUAUUUACAACUUGAAGCUUCUGCUUAAUGGGGAACCAGAACUGGAUGUUAAAACUGACCAGGAAGAUAUUCUGGUAGCUGGGGCUACUGAGGAGUUUCCAGAGAGAUGGUCAUUGAGAGCUUACACAUCUAUUCUGUAUUUUGACCCUCAGAUGAGAAUAUUCAUUCAGGCCAAAAGAGUUCAAACAAAACACCUAAAUCACUGCCUCUACAGACCCAGGAAAUAUCUGUAUGUUACAUCUUCUUUUAAAGGAACAUUUAAAAAUCAAGUUAAAAAAGCAGAAGAAGCCGUGAAGAUUGCUGAACAUAUAUUGAAAGAAACCCAAAUCAAAGUCAACAAACUGAACAGAACUUCUUUGUCUUCUCCUGCCAAGAAUGCAUUACAAAAAGCUUUAGAAGAUGUGGAAGCGAAGCAUAAGGCUCUUAAAGAGAAACAGAGAGAAUUUAAAAAAGAAAAAACUCUCCCCUUGUUCUUUGGAGUAAGCAUAGAAAAUCGAAGCCAAGCUGGAAUGUUCAUUUACAGUAAUUGCCGGUUGAUCAAAAUGCAUGAGAAAGUGGGGCCCCAGUUGAAACUCAAGUCAUUAGUUGGUACAGGCGUGAUUGGAAUUGUUAAUAUACCUUUGGAGAUCAUGGAACCAUCCCAUAAUAAACAGGAAUUUCUUAAUGUCCAAAAAUACAAACAUCUACUGAAAGUCAUGGGACAAUAUUUGGUCCAGUACUGUAAGGACACCAGAAUUAGUAAUAGAAAUCUAUCAUUAUUUUGGAAUGAAUUUAGAUGCCAAAAUAGUAAGGAUGUGGAGAAAUCUUUAGACUUGGUUCGGUAUCAAAGAAGACAAGCCAUGACCAUCCCAUUCCUCAUCCAGUGUGAUCUUUGCCUCAAGUGGAGAGUCUUGCCUUCCAAUGCUAAUUAUCAGGAGAAAGAAUUUCUUGAUAUCUGGAUUUGUGCUAAUAAUCCUAACCCCUUGGAAAACAGUUGUCAUCAGAAGGAACAGCUACCUUCCAUUCCCCUGGGUACCAUAAGCACAGUAUCACCAUCAAAAAAUGAAAAAGAGAAGCAACUUAGAGAGUUGGUCCAAAGGUAUCAUGAUAAAUUUACAGACCAGCAGUCACAGGAAAAUACCAAGACAAAGAGAAUGAAGCCUUUGAGUAGUGAUUUGAUGCAUGAGUCUCUUCCAUCUGUUGAGGUUUCCGUCAACUGCAGAGGCUGGAAAAGGAGCACAGAAGGGUCAGACUCUGAUGUAGAGUUCAUUUCAGAGACUAAAGUUAUGAAGAAGACUGGGUGGAAGAAAAUGAAACCUCAACAGUGGAGACAUCCAGCAGUUUCACCAGAAAAUGUCAAACCAACUCAGAGAGUCCAGAAUAAAAGCCAGAUUGGUAAUAUCAGCACAAUGUGUGGCAAGUACAAACCAAAUGAAGGCCCCUCUGAAAAAUGCCUGGCCUCUUCUUGGGAGAUGAAAAGGAAGCAGAGUCAAAAUCUUAUGCAGGAAUGUAAGGCAUUGAUUGAAGAUGAAACCAAGAAUGAGGACCUAGAUAAAAUCCGGGUUUUAGAUAAAAGAGACACUGCUGUUUUAUUGAAACAAGAGGAAAAGGAAGUUCCUCUUAUAAAUGAAGAUGAAAACCCAGAGCUGUGCAGCAUUGCUCCAAAAAUAAAGAGAAACUCUUUGUUACCCAACUUGAAAAGGUUACUCAAUGCAACAUUGGAAGAUUUAAAUGCAAGUUCUGGACACAAAGCCAGGUUUUCUGAAAUUGGAGGUGGCAAAGUUGAUUCUUCUCUGAAAAAGUCUUUUCAAAGUAUAUUCGCCAAGGAAAAAGUGCAAAAACUGAUGUUUAAUUUAAGGGAGUUUCUUCUGUAUUUUUUUCCCGAGUAUCAACUACCAUCAGAAUUAGACUACACAUAUGUGGAGGAACCUCUACCAAAUUCUGAGGUGGAGCAAUGCCCAGAACAGACAAACACAAAGCUGAAAAUGUGUUUCAACCAGAUCCAGAAUGUGUACAUGGUCCAAUAUGAAAAAGGACUGAGGAGAAAAAUGCAGGCCAUUAUCUCUUCUGCAACCAGAAGAGAAGAGGUUAGUGAAAUCUGUCUGGGGCAGUGUGAAGAAGAAAGAAAACUUACCGAAGACAAACUGAACAAUCUUCGUGUAAAGCUGGCAGUAUUGCUACAGAAACUUCAGCUGGGUGAUCCAGCUGGUGAUCCAGAACAAAUUGACAGUUAUUUAGAAGCUUUGCUUAAAGAAGAUAAUCUCCCUUUUCAAAAUGCCUUAAAGAAAGUUACUAUAGAGUCAGGAUGUAAUUUCUCUUCAGAAAAAAAAUAA